AGUGUGGGUGUGUGUAAACACACGGACUUGAACUAGUCUUGAGUGGCUCCGUUUUACACAUUUAGAAAAGGGAAAUGAAUUCACGCCAAAGCUUUUGCGUGUCUGCUGUCUGACUUUAACAUUACACCGUUCGUAGGGCUGUGAAACUGACAGGUAGGCAGACAGACAGGCGGGCGGCGUGGAGAGUAACGCUGACGUUAAAUUCUCACUGUGACCCUCAUCAACACCACCUGGGUGCGAAGAGAUGGCAGCAGCCGUGGAUUCUCUUUUAAACCUGAGCGCUGUGAGUGUGGCUCGGUAUGCGGAGCAGUACAGCGACUGUAUUAAAACGUUGCCAUGUAGCGCCAAAGACACGCUGGUUCGGAUAAUGACGGCUCAGGGCUCCGUCACUGACUCCAACAUCAGCCAGGUCCUGCAUGCAGGAAUCCGCUCACUGGACUUGCAGAACUGCACGAUUUCAGACUCCGCACUCAAACAAAUACGCUGUCCGCAACUAAGGACUAUAAUACUCACAAGAUGUGUUCACAUCACUUCAGAGGGUCUGGAGGCCUUGGCAUCCCACUGCCCCUGUCUUCAAGUCGUUGAUCUUACUGGAUGUUCAGCUGUAACUGAUUCAGGAGUUCAGGCUCUGGCCCGAAGCUGCAAAUGGCUUGAGGUCAUUUCCCUCAUGGAAUGCUCUGCAGUCAGCGAUGUAGCUUUAAUUGAAAUAGGGGCCAAUUGUAGGUUUCUGUACAGCAUCUAUUUUGGUGGGACGGAGGUCACUGAUGCGGGUGUCAUGGGUCUUGCAACUGGAGUAUGCUGCCAAAGUUUAAAGGAGUUACAGAUGGUACGAUGUCGUAACUUGACAGACAAUGCUGUGGCUGCUGUUCUGUCUAACUGUGCCAACAUCAGAAUAUUCAAUUUUCAUGGAUGCCCACGUAUUACAGAUAAAUCUAGGGAGGCGCUUCAUAAUCUUAUUGGGCCAAAUAAGAUCCAGCAUGUCUCCUGGACUGUGUACUGAGUAAGCAUCUACUAUGGGAACAAUACGCAUCAUAAUUAGCUCCUGGUUAAAAAAAAACACUGCUGAAGUUCUUUGUAAACACAUGAACUUUCGUAGAGUCUGAGUUAUGAGAAACAUAUGAUACACAUAUGUAAACUGUUUUCAGACAAACCAUUAAUUAUCUGCUCAUCUUUCUAACAAGUCCUUAUUAAGUCCAUGUAGAUCUGAUGUCAUUUCCAUGAUGUGAAUAUACUUAAUAUUUGUGAGUUUGUAAAACACUACAUUUUGUAUAGUUAUUUACUUCACAAUUCAGGUUGCUUAAAGUGUAUAUUUAUUGUGUGAAUUUAAUUCUUUAUAAUGUCUAUUUCUUAAUGGAACCUCUGUAAAUAUUAUCCAAGAAAGGCCAGUAAAAAUGUUGGACUGUGGAUCUUGUCUUGGAUUUUACUUAGUGUAACAAACAUGCUUUAUUAUAAGGGCAUAUGUGAGUUGAAACUGUUCUGAACUGAGGUGGAAGGACUGCUGCCCAUUUAGUGACUCACUCCUACACCAGCUGUAACCUAAAGAAGGCAAAUGAAGCCACUACAUUUUAGCUGUCCUUGUAUCUUGCAUGCAUUUUACUGGAAUCCACCAGAGCACACCAAGAUGCUUUUCCUUUGAUCCUUUAAUAUGCUUUGUAUCACCUCUUCAACAGUAAUGGAGAGACAUCUUGUGAGUUUGAGGGUAACUGUGACAAACCUUUUUCAGAAAAUUAAAAAAGUUCUGCA